GGUUUGAUGAACGUCAAUUGAACAAACAUCAUAUGUACGUACAAAGACUUUAUGAGAGAUUCGAUACUUACGAACUCCAACACUGCAAACGGAAAAGAAUAAGCACUGUCAUAAGGGAAUGGCGGGCUUAAUAUCGAGAUUGAUAAAGAGAACAGGCACUCGUUCUUUGACGAUGAAUGAUGUGGAGGUUUCUUUCAUGAAUGCAAAAUUAGCGAAAGUAGUCAGAUAGCAACGCUUGUGUCUUCAAAAUAUAUGCCAUGAGCUCAGUGAUGCAAGGUAUAGUUUUACCAAUUCCACAAAGGUGCAACUGUAUCAUUCAAGAUGAAUCCAGCGCCCGAGGACAGCCAAGGUGCUCAACAUGGAGAAUCUGUUCAACAAGCUGUGGAACUGGUAGGUAAGAUGCUCGAGCAGAUUCAAGUCGAGCUUGAAAAAAUGCUAUCCCAGGGUGGUAAAGUUCCCCCCGAAGUAAAGUCUCUUGAAAAUGAAAAGGAGGAGUCCCAAAAACGAUACAAAGACCUUGAAAGCAACUACCAGAAGAUAUCAGAAGAGCUCAAAGCUUUCGGACGCGACACAAUUAAUGCGUUCGACAAAAGCGGCCAAGUCCGAGCAGAAUCUUUGUUGAAUCAAGCCAAAGACCGGCAAGUUGAAGUAGAAUUGCAAUUGGCUCAAGCCGAGAAAGAGGUCGAAAAUUUAAAAACAGAGGUCAAAAAACUUCAAGCUCGGCGUAAUGCCUAUCAAGCAAAAGCUGGUAAGCCCUCUCAAGAUGUGCAGGAUUUGGAAGCUCAACUCGAGGAACUCAAACAACAGAAAUCGGAUUUGCAAAAAGACAAUCUUGAUAGUCAGCAGGAACUCAAACAAGCCGAAAAGAAAAUCGUCGACCUUUGCAGGAGUCUUGCUGGGGUUGGUAAGGCGACCUCUCGGCCCUCGACUUUCUGGCAGCAAGGAUAUGCUACGGUGAUCGCUGGAGUGCAACGCAUUGUCAGAACACAUCUAGACUUGAACCAAAACCCGAACAUAAAGCAUGGCAGCAAACAAAAGCCAAGAGAUUUAAUGCUGGGUGCGGCUUCCGGCAAGAAAACAGGUCCGGGUGGGAAAGAACACUGUCUUGAAAGAGCCGUUUUUCAAUUCUUAUGUGAUGAAAUAUUUCUAAAGCCAGGAUUCGGUCUUGACGAUGAAGACGAGGGUAAAAAUAUGGAAGCUGGGCUUGUGGAGUUUGAACAGAAGAUCCAGAUUACUUCUGCAGUUGAGAGUCCGGAAAAGAUUGACUACCGCAAAUGGAGAGUGCUCACUUACAAGUGCGCGAAACGAUUUCAAAAGACAGAAGCAAAGACAAAUGUGGAUGCAUUUGCGUCAGCUUUAGAAGAGUUCCUAAGACCAUUGCGGAAACCAAAUGAUAAACUAUUAAAUAAAAACAUAUUGGAUUUGUGUAAGACAACCUUCAGUCUCAGCCAGAAUAUGAGAGCCGAGCAUGACAUGGAUUUUGAAAUCUAUAUGCCAGCGCCCGGGGACCAAGUAGUGAUAAAAGAAAGCGGCAUGGAUGAAGUUAUGCAGAUUUGGGGUGAGGAACGAGGACAUCCCGCAGAUGUUGCUGGAACUGUUGCAUAUACUGCAAUGGGUGGGUUAAGAGGGAUGAAUAUUGGUUUUGGAGUGUGGAUUUCCUUCGCACCAGCGAGGGUAGUUGUGAAAGCCAUCUAGGUACUUUUAAGCCUCACUCUGAAGGAGGCUUAUGUAGCAUAGUGUGGGGGUAGAAGCUAGUGACUUCUUUGUAAUCUCACGUCUUUGCAAUUUUCUAGACAGGAUGUUCGUACAAAAAUCAAAUUCCA